UGCGAGUGCUGAGCGGCGCUGGGAGAUGCUAGAGGGCGCCGCGUCGCCGGCACCAUGCGCCCCCCGCCCACGCUGGCCCUGGCCGCGCUCUGCCUCCUGGCGCUGCCCGCCGUCGCCKCUGCCGCCGCCUACUUCGGCCUGACUGGGCGGGAGGUCCUGACGCCCUUCCCAGGCCUGGGCACUGAGGCAGCCCCAGCACAGAGCGGGGUCCACUUGAAGCAGUGCGACCUGCUGAAGCUGUCCCGAAGACAGAAGCAGCUCUGCCGAAGGGAGCCCGGCCUGGCUGAGACCCUGCGGGACGCGGCCCACCUCGGCCUGCUGGAAUGUCAGUUCCAGUUCCGGCAUGAGCGCUGGAACUGCAGCCUGGAGGGGAGGACCGGCCUGCUCAAGAGAGGUUUUAAGGAGACGGCCUUCCUGUACGCGGUGUCCUCGGCCGCCCUCACCCAUGCACUGGCCCGAGCGUGCAGUGCUGGGCGCAUGGAGCGCUGCACCUGUGACGACUCCCCUGGCCUGGAGAGCCGGCAGGCCUGGCAGUGGGGUGUGUGUGGUGACAAUCUCAAGUACAGCACCAAGUUCCUGAGUAACUUCCUGGGGCCCAAGAGAGGAAGCAAGGACCUGAGGGCACGGGCGGAUGCCCACAACACCCACGUGGGCAUCAAGGCCGUGAAGAGUGGCCUCAGGACCACCUGUAAGUGCCACGGCGUGUCGGGCUCCUGUGCCGUGCGCACCUGCUGGAAGCAGCUCUCGCCGUUUCGUGAGACGGGCCAGGUGCUGAAGCUGCGCUACGACUCGGCCGUCAAGGUGUCCAGCGCUACCAAUGAGGCCUUGGGCCGUCUGGAGCUGUGGGCACCUGCCAAGCCAGGCAGCGCCACCAAGGGCCUGGCACCCCGGCCCGGGGACCUGGUGUACAUGGAGGACUCCCCCAGCUUCUGCAGGCCCAGCAAGUACUCGCCGGGCACAGCGGGAAGGGUGUGCUCCCGGGAGGCCAGCUGUGGCAGCCUGUGCUGCGGGCGCGGCUAUGACACCCAGAGCCGCCUGGUGGCUUUCUCCUGCCACUGCCAGGUACAAUGGUGCUGCUAUGUGGAGUGCCAGCAGUGUGCGCAGCAGGAGCUCGUGUACACCUGUAAGCGCUAG